CUGCAAGCUAAGCCAGCAAAGAUGGACCAGAUGCGGAGUUUCUUCACUAUUGCGCCCAAGAGUCCCCCCAGCAGAGAGCGAAGGAGCAAAGCGCCGCCCAAGGGCGGGCUCCAAGGGGCUGAGAGGAGAAAGAGGGACGAGAGAAGGGCAGAUGGAGAGGACAAGAAGCAGGCUCCACCAGUGGCACGAGCAGAGGAACCGGGAGAAGGAUCCAGCUCAUGCCCGUCAGAAGAGCUGGAGAAGCUCUGUCGCACAUACGCGGUGAGAACAGGCACUUCUCCCUCUCUCACACACACUUCUGGCCCUCCCAUAUAUAAAUGCCUUCGCGUCUCCUCUCUCAGGGUGCGUUGAAGCACCUCGAGUCGUGCCGCGUGAAUGUGGAGCGUCUCCGGUCGCAGCACCACUACAGGCUGCGGCAGCUGGAGGGACAGAUGAGAGGGCCUCUGCUGGAGUUCGCCACAUACCGCACGCUCAACGCCAACAGAGACGACGCGGGGGGCGGCAGGCAGAGGCAGCCGUCCAUUCCGGAGCUGCUCCAGAGGAUCGACCUCGUCCGCGCUGAGAACGCCGCUGUCCGGUGAGUGAGGAAAGGACAAGCAGGAGACACAACACAGCCGGCCAUGGAUUGGAUGGAUGACAGCUAUCGGAGUCGAGUCGCUUUUUUUUCUUUUGGCUGUUUGUGUUCAGAGGUCAGGUGGUAACUCUCACAGAGAGGAUUGCCUCGAUCAUGGAGAAUGAGCAGGUGUGACAAGGGGCACCUGGGAGGACGGCACCACGACCUGGCCGUAGCUUCUUGUGUGUCGGUGUGGUGCGUCCACCAGGCCCGGUUUGGCAGCAACAAGAACUCAGCGGGCCGCAGCAUCAACGUCGAUAUCGCACCGCUCAAAGAGCUGGUGGACGGCAUCUUCGCCAUACCCACUCCCACACCCACCAACGCCCCCACCGGCAAAAUGUGUGUGCCAGCCAAUCCACCAGCAUAGCACCGACCCACAGACGAUGCGUUCUUUUACCCCUUUCUGUGUCAGGGAGACAUUGAGAAGUUUGGUUGACCAUCUGGUGCAGCUGGUGGAGGAGGGCCAAAGGAAGAGCCAGGUGUCGCAGGAGUGGUUUCCGCAGACCACACAGGAGAUCCGGCAGCUCUUCGCAGAACACCACGAGAUGCAACACGCCGUAACCACUGACUGCACCAAUCCAAUGGCAGGAACACUCCUGUCGCCAUCACCCCAGCCUCUCGCCUUUGCUGUCCUGUCAGAUCCAUGGCCUGACGCGCAAUCAUGUCGAGACGGUGUUGGAGUACCUUGAGCUUCGACGAGAGACGGCGCCGACAGAGAUUGGCUCCCCUGUGGCGGGAUUCUUCGACUUGAGGACAGACAAGGUGAGAUAGAUUGGCUGUAAGGCUUUCACGCAGUUAGUUCUGUAUGGACACAUGUCAUGUGUGUGUCACACGUGUGUGUGGUGGCGGUGCGGUCGGCAGUAUGAGGACACCAAGUCUGUGGUCGCUGAGUUGGAGGCGCAGAACGCCGACAUGAAGCGGAUGAUCAACGAGAUACACGACAGGACACAACGAAACGAACGGAUACAGCAGAUCAAAAUAUGUAUGGGCCUACGGGAGGGGGGAGGGGAGUGGGGGAUCCACACACACACACACACACACAGACAGACAGACGUGUUGUUUUUCAGCAUCUCUGCAAGACGCCCUGAGCCGCAUGGAUUGGGACGACCUGAGAGGCCUUGCAGACGACCGAUCGCCCAUUGACCUCAUCGCCAACCCAUUCUACCACAGCGACCCCUUGCUGACUCCUCCCCCUCCCCCUCCCCCUCCCCGACCACAACCCCCUUCCACCACUGCAGCCGCAGCAGCCGCAGCCUCCGCAUCACAGUCCUACUGCCGCACCACACACACAGGGGACGACACCAGAUAUGCCAACACCAGAGACACUAGGUAUGCGCCGGAGCGACCUGGGCGUCCGGUGGGUUACUACUACCAGAGAGACGACAGAGGGGAUAAUGACCCGACGCGGCAGUGUCCGAAGACUGGUCUCGAGCGGUGUCCGGUGCUGAGUUCGCUGCCUCCCUCUCUGGUGCGGGUGGACGAGAGGAGAGCAGAGGCGCAGAGGGAGAGGAGUAGGUGGAUGCUCUAGGUAGGUAGGGGCCAGCUGGGCCCAGCUGGUGUGCAGUGUAUCUGUCUGUCGGGUUUGUGUUGACGACCGAGGGAGGGAGGACAUGCAAUUGAUUGAUCGGACAUGACAUGGAUGUGACGUGUGCAUUGCAAUGUCAUGUCGGCAAGUGUGUCAGUCAUGGAUAUUUGCUGUCUGUCUAAGGCUACCCUACCUGGUGCAACGCAAUGCAAC